AUGGUCUUACUACUGGCAAACGUUGCGAAGGGGAUGAGCACGGAUGAGGCUCGGGCUAGACGAAACGCACGACGAGAGGCCCGAAGACAGGCGCAGAACGAACGACGUGCCGCUCGAAGAGCCCGGAACAUUGAGAAGCGACGGCUCAAGGAGCUUGGCCGGGAGGCAGAAAUGUCCGACCUCGAGCCCACCGAGUCGGAGUUUGAUCCCGACGCGGAUUCUGAUCUGGAAACCCAGCAGGAGUAUGAGAAGGAGUAUCAGCAUGAAUUGGAGCUAAUCCAGGAGAAGACGGCCAAGGAGAAGGCCGAGGCUCUUAAGGGGAUAGAGAAGCAUUGGUGA